AUGAUUGUAGAAGGGAAACAGAAAAUUCCUGGGUUUGGAGCAGUGGUAAAACAACAGCUCAAUGGUCAUGGUCCUCACGCAAACCAUCGCGAUCUGCGAAACGGACCAUGGAGCGAUCUCGGAAGCUACCCGUCGGGAGGGCGCCAGAUAGUUGGGAAUCCACCGAUCCCGUGGUUGCUGGAGUGGCGGAAGAUUGUCGAAGUCCACGGAAGAGAAAACUCUGUUAGCCACUUGGCGCGCCGGAAGGGUGAUGCUGUGUUCGCUAUCAGACGAAUGGCGAUCCGAAAGCGCAGUGGACUCCGGAGGCGGACUAACAGAGCCAGUCUCGCUGUGUGUCUCCCCUGUCGGCGAUACCUCCACGUCUUCUACGCCGCCAUUAUCUUGAAUUUCGACUACGGGGACAGCCGCGACCGGAGUGGAUGGCUGCGGGAGAAGCGGGAACAACCCGAGCGGCCGGAGAGGGGUUCGGGGUCGAAGAUCGGGUAUCCGAUCAAGGUUGACGACGAGCGGCCGAUCUCGAUUGGGAUAAUGCAGCACGAGUCAAAUCAUCCGAGCUAG